AGCGCGCGCCACAGACCCGCAAGCCACUGAUCUCCAACGCUCCACACGGCCAGCCCUCUUUCGCCUGACCCCGGCCUGCCAGCCUGGCGGCCCAGCCUAGGUGCCUGCGUGCCGCCUUCGGGGCUGCUGGUCCAUGCCGCUGCUCCAGCGCUUCCGGGCUCCGCUGGGUUGUGGGAAUCUGGCGCUUGACCUGCUGCCCCUCAGGCGGUUGGGCACUCACUGAGGUGGAGAAUGGAAGCGCUGAAGAUGGGUGGGGAGGCUCUCUGGCAGCAGACGCAGGGAGGGUCGCUCUGGCUCACUCGAGGUCACCUCAUCAGCGCGCUCGCUCCAUGCACAGUGGGCUCGACUGCCCCCUCCCCUCCCCUGAGUGGCUCUCAUUGUCACCUCAGGCUGUGCCUCUCUCGGGAGGGUUCCAUGACACACAGCCCUGCGCAUCGCAGACUGCUGUUUGUUGUACGUAGGCGACGCGCGGUGGUGACUGAGGCGAGGCGGGCCUCGUGGUGAUCAAGCUGCACUCGAGUUGCUACUAUGGCACACCACUGCAGCAGGUACUAAGGCAGCGAGGUCCAUUGAUCAUCAGGGGCGGCUGCGCUGCAAUCAUCACUACUUGUACCUGGCAGUAGGUACUAACGUAGUUAGUAGGCACUCUCGCCCGCCCUACUAAUGUACGGAAGCAGCUCGCGCGCACCCUGGCUCCCUUCGCACCCCGGCUCCCUUCGCACCCCCAAUCGACCGACCACCCCCACCCCGCCCGCCCGUCCCCGUCUCACCAACAUCCCACUUGUACGACGACCGGCCGUCCGUCCGCGAUUUCGUCUCCUCCACAAAACGGCCAAAGCAUUCGAGCAGACCCGACGACUGCUCUUCCACCACAGCGGAUUCAAGUCCUGCCUCGACAUAGCCCAUAUGAAUACUGCCGCCUACGCGCGCUCCCUCUUGAAGUCCGUCUGUCCUGCGCUCCCGCUGCGGGUCUGAACUCUGAACCUUGGACUUCCGCUCGCACGCCCGAUCGCCCCCUUCGCCUCGCCUCCGCCGCUGUGCGCCUGACCGAUCGACCAGCGAGUGACAAAGUCUUGCCCAUUUCGGCACGGUUCGCGCAUCGGACGUCGUGGCUGGGAAACGAGCUAUAGAGCCACAAUCUCAGCCUGACUCCUCGGCGCCAGCGCCGUCUCGAUAAAGAGCCUCGACGGCGUCCUCGUCAUCCUGCGCUCGCUUGCGCCGUUCCGCCCGCUGACCUCCAUCGAGCCUGCGCCCCAUGACUGCCGAUAGCUCGCCAUACUGUCCUUGACCGCGUCUAUCGACCGACUUGUCGACCCCUGCCGAGCCCUGAUCAGGGCCGCGCACGCAGCACCACGGGCUGUCUUCCCGGCGAGACUUGCUCAUGGAUCCGGCGCACAUCUUUCGCCAGGGCCCAGCCGGGGUCUUCCCGCAGCAGAACAUGGCUUACAUUCCGCAGCGCUCGCCCUCGUCUCGGGAUGAGCUUUCCGACGAUGACGGCUCCGGCCAACGCGUGGCUCAUACCCUCACUGCCUGCUGUCGUUGCCGCCAGAGGAAGACACGAUGCGAUCCCACGCUGCCUCGCUGCCUUCCCUGCGAGAGAUCCGGGUCCACUUGCGAGUACCUUGACACCGCAAAGGGCAAAAAGAUCAACCGCUACUAUGUCAUCAAACUGCAGGACCGCGUGAGGGCCCUCGAGGCCGAGCUUGCCCAGUACACCGAUGAUGCGAACGACUACCCGCGCACCAAUGAAGACAUUGUCCGUCCUGGUGGCAUGAUACGCCUCAAGGCCAGCGACGAAACCCCGCGGUAUCUCGGUCCCAGUAGCGGAAUAGCCAUGUCUCGCCUCCUUAUGGAGGAGGCCAAGCGCUACACCGACUCGCAGCGCAUCUCUGACCUCAUCCCUGAGGUGCGGGCGAGGAGUCAGGCGCGGAUGCAGUCCAUCCAAAUGUCCGACCCCGGCAGCGACAGGAAGAGGAGUUAUCCCAUGGUCAGCGACCACCCGGCCGAGGGUCUCCCGAAGCGCGGGACGGUCGACAAGCUGGUCGAGGUUUACAAACAAAAGUCACAAUUGUUUUGGCCGGUCCUACACGAAAAGGACUUUGACCAAGAUCUCGAGGACGUCUACAACGGCGACACCGAUCCCUUUAAAAACUUCACCGUGCGCAUUGUCGUCGCCAUUAGCAUGCAGAAGCUGGAUUUGCAGUAUGCUGGCUUGGCAGAUAGCUACUACUUGGCCGCUAUGCAGUAUGCCGAGGCCGUCAUACGCCCCAGGGACUUGAAGACCCUGCAGUGCCUCAUCCUGAUCGGCCAGUACUCCCUGCAGACACCUACGAGAACGCCUGUGUAUUACGUGGUUGGGUUUGCGACGCGCAUAUGCCAGCAGGAGAUGAUGAUGGAUGAAAACCCAAUCAACGCCAGCGAGCUGGAUCCGAAGACAAUUGACAUGCGUCGCCGCCUCGGCUGGAUUGUCGCCACCAUGGAGUUUGGUCUCGCCUAUCACAUGGGCCGGCCAAGUGGCUUUGCGAGAGGCGACGACCGCAUGGACGCCAAGUUCUUCGCCGAUGUCGAGGACGAAAACAUCACCCCCCACGGCAUCCUGCCGGGCCCGCCGAGUGAACGCAAGCUCAUCGCCAUCCACAUUUACAGGGCGCGCGCCCUCCAGGCCGAGAUCAAGAGAAUCUUGUAUGAGAAGAAGCGGCCAGAGUCCAAGACCGACAUGCAUGUUUGGUAUACCAACAUGGAGCGCCAGUUGCAGGAGUGGCUCGAGGCGGCGCCGACGAAUCCCCCGUGGUUUAAGCCCUGGUUCACCGGAUUUUACCACCAGAUGCGAAUCGUCAUGUACAGGCCGUCGCCGCAGGUACCCAAGCCCUUGCCUCAGAGCGCCAAUGUUUGUUUUGAGAGUUCGGCCUAUGUCCUCAAGCAGUCCCAAAAGCAGCUUGAAGGUGGCAAUGUCUCCAUCACGUGGCUGUUUCUGCUCAGCCUCAACGCCGCCCUCAACGCCAUCCUCUGGUCGACGUCAUAUCCCGAGGUGCGGGCACAGCAUCCCAAAGAGGAGGUCGAGGCCAUCGUCGAAAUGUCCCUUGAAUGCCUGGACAAAUGUGUUGGACGCUGGCCCGGCACGGCCUACACAUCCGAGCUCUACGGCAUCAUCUCCAAGGCGUGCUUGCAGAGCUACGACCUGCGCGACGCCGACAACCAACAGCCCGUCUUCUCCUUCGCCAGCCCGCCUUCGGUCGCUGAUCGGCACGCCUCUCCCGAAAACUACGCCAAAUCGGCCAAUGCGCCUUACCGGGAUGCGCCGCAGUUCAGUCUCGUCUUCGACUCGCCGCCAGAGUCCAUGAACACGUAUACCUUCGACCCCAACUUCCCACCCCACCCCACCUUCCGGUCCAAUUCCAUAUUCCGCAAUCCUGCCAGCGGCGACUCCAAUGGCCGGAGGUUCUCGUACUUCCCACCCGAUUCCACGCAUUCCGGCGAUGCUGCCUUGGAUGACAUGAGUGCCUCCGGCAUCAACCCCAGCCAGGGGGUGACGCCGGACCAUGCCUCGAACCAGCUCCCGACGCCGCCCGAGUCGAUCCCGGCAGGCACAGUGCCAUCUACGACGCCAAGUGCCGCCCUGUCGUCACCCGGCAUGCCGCAGGUCGCUCAGAGCGGCGUGCCCGACGUUGGCGGGGACACCGGCGUCUUGUCUGUGCAGACGAAUAUGUCGCCGCCUCCAAAGUACAUGGCUCAGCAGCAGCAUCAGCCCAUGUCCGACUUUUCGGGUCCUCGUGCCCAUAACCAGCCGCCGCCGCCGCAGGUCGCGCCCCAGCAAAAGCCCCUGCCGGCCAACGCCAGCCCAGCCGACUGGUUCUCACCGCCGGCGCCCUUCAUCUCGCCCUACAACUUUGGCCCAAUGAGCGGCGGUUUCUUCAACGACGCCAUGCCCAACAGCUUCGCCGAGAGCGCCGGCACCGGACUGGGCCUGCAGGCAAUGGGCGUGGGGUUCGACACCAUGAGCCCCUUCUCGUUUGUGCCGCCCGGCCGGCAAGGGAGCCUGACGCAGUCGCAGCAAAUUGAGCUCAUGAACACGCUCGAGACGGAGGGCAUGGGCGAUAUCGACGCCUUCCUCAGUCCCAGCGCUGGCAUGGCGGACACGCGGUGGUAUUGAAACUGACGUCCACGCCGGGGUUUGACGGCGGGGCCUCGAGAAAUAGAUUUUGAUUUUUGGAACUGGGUUCGUUUUCGCAAGUUGGAUUUCGGAGGCGUUUUUGGGGACUCGGAGCCUCCAGGGGUAAACCACCUAACCACAGCGGACUAUACGUACACGUCGUGAGCAAGGAGCAAAUGCGGGAAAUACCAUUAUGCGGGUAGGGCGCUGCUGUUGCGCACUACAUCGUCGUCGUUACCCUUAGUACUUGGCGUUUACUCAACCUUGUAAUGUUGAUGUACAUCACACCUCACAGAGACUUUCUGUCUCUGAUUUGGCCAUGGCCAUGGGUCCCCGGCCUUUUGAUGCUGUCUCAAGUUUAUUCAUCUAUUCAGUUCACUCGUCUAUGCUUUGUUGUGAAAAUAGCCACUCGCACCUCCCUCGGCUAUUCGCCAGAAGCCACUUGGCCUCUGGUGAUGCUGUAGAUCCCGCUGUGUAGGACGAAGCCGUCACGUAAUCAUCGACGGCGCUUCUUUCAGGCCCGUUUAUGUUGGGCUCUCCCGCUGGUCGUGGGCAAUAAACAAGUUGGC